GCUCCCGUCUCCCGUCUCCGGGCCCGGCGAUGCUGCGGCGCUGCGCCCCGGGCUCCCCGUGCUCCCGGCCCGUGGUCCGCGCUCUGCCGCCCUCCGCCAGCGCCCUCCGCCAGCGCCUGCGCCAGUGUGCAGAACGGAUCCCAGAGGCUGGAGCAGUACUCGACCUGCUGGACAAAUGUCCAGAGCAYCAAAAAAAGGGAGGUUUUCCUGUCAUAGUUUUUGAGGGGCUGGAUGCCACAGGCAAAACCACGGUGACCCAGGCUGUUAAGGACAACCUGAACGGCGUUCUGCUACGGUCCCCACCAGCUUGCAUCAGCCAGUGGAGGACCGUAUUUGAUGAUGAGCCAACACCCAUUAAAAGGGCAUUUUAUGCUGCAGGCAACUAYAUUCUGGCUUCAGAGAUAGCAAAAGCAUCCACUCAGGCACCUGUGGUCAUAGACAGAUACUGGCACAGCACUGCUGCCUACACAAUUGCCACUGAAACAAGUGGGAAAGUCCAGGAUCUUCCACCAGCUCAGGAUGAGGUGUAUCAGUGGCCUGAGGAUCUGCUUAAACCUGACCUUGUUCUUCUCCUGACUGUUGACCCUGAUGAACGAGUCCGGAGACUUCAGCAUCGGGGUCUGGAGAAAACUAAGGAGGAAGCUGAAUUGGAAGCUAACAGCUUGUUUCGCCAAAGAGUUGAAGAGUCAUACAGAAGGAUGGUGAAUCCUGCAUGCCAAGAAGUUGAUGCCAGCCCCUCCAAGGAAGAGGUUCUCAACACAGUGCUACAACUAAUUAAGAAACACUGUGCUUUGUGAAAGCAACUUUCGUUUACUAGCACUUAAAAGACACUUUUUACUGCCCCACUGGUUUUGGUACCUGAAAAUGAACAGUGAUGUGCUUUGUCUCACAGAAAUACUGAAUACUGUUCUAUUCUGUCAGCAGUAAUCUGUACAGGUGAUCUUUUUUGUGGUUGCUACUGUACUAUUCUGUAUAAGGCAAAGUGCUUUUCACAUCAUUCAGCAUUCUUGGUAAAGAAACAAACAUGCUACAGUCAUGUAUGAAGUACCUCAGAGUGCUCYCUGACACCAGGACAUUUUGUGACUCUGUCAUGUUGCAUCUUCAUCACCAGGAGAACCUAUUCCCGAAUCCAUUGAAUACCAAAAUUCUCUGGACUGCUUCAGGAUCAUUAGAUGCCCAAGAAGAGACUGAAAUAUCAUCAGCACUAAAACAAUAAAAUUAUCAUAACAUUUAGGUACAGAAAAUCCAUGGCCCAGCCUUGUUUUUUCAGAAGUGAGGAUGAGCAGCUGCUGCUGUGAUCGGCAUCCUGGGGAAAAGCGUGUUGUAAAUGAGUGCCAGCAAACACCAAGGGCUCUAAUGAAGUCCAAGCCUGUUUAUAUAUGCUACUGAAAUAUCAAUUCUUUUCAGAGGGAAAUCAGUGUCAGCAAAUGAGAAACAGAGACCUCAGAAGAACCCAAAAUGAAAAACUUCAUGAAUGAUUGUUAAAUUAUUUUUUACAAAACUUUAUCCUAUUAAUAUUUGUUAAUGUGAACUAAUGUUCUUUUGAGAGAAUGCAAAAUGAAAAACCACAGAGAUUCUGAGCAAUGGGAAUGAUUGCACCUUUUCACUYCAUCUUUUCUGUCUUGUGCUUGCACAGGUUGAAUGUGAAAGCAGGCUACAUCAAUACUUAGGUCUGCAAAGGCUAAUUUUUUAUGUGCAUUAGUUUCACUGUUGUUACUCCUAAGCGAAAAGCCAAACAUGUGGAUAAGCUUUUGUGAGAUCACAAAUGAAGUGUCAGUUCCACAAAAAAAAAAUAA